AAAUUUGAUGCCUCGAUUCCAUGUACCCAAAUAUUGCCAAGUGUCCCUCUACCUGGCAUCACCCCACCCCCGAAAAAAUACCCCCACCCUCACCACCCCACCCCACGAAUUACACAGAGCAAAGCAUCAAUCAUCUCAGCCAUGGCGCCUUCAUCUUCUCUCAUUCUUCUCUAAUAAUUUCACAUAUAUAGCCUUAUGAUUUCAAUUUCCACAAGCUUUUAUGGUAGCAAAUAACUAGUUUUUUCUUGUUUAUAUAUCUAUUUGUUUUUUUGGGGAAUUUUUGGUACUUUGAGAUUAAAGAUUCGAUUUUUAGAGUCUUUUCUUGGAGAUUUAAUACACGAAAGCUUGAAUUUUGGUGGGUUUUUUGUGGAAUUGAGAAAUUCUUGAAAAGUUGGAGGCUUUGGUUGAAAUCAGAAUUCAAGACGGGCAUUUUCUUUAUAAGGCUAUUGAUGAUUCUUGGUGGACAUGGUUGUUAACUUGCUCGAAUUUUCAAGUUGCUGAAUUUGAGAGUGUUUGAGGUGUGAUUUUUGGAGUAUUAUGAAUUCUGGUACUAACUCGGAAUGUUCGGAUUCUGACUGCUAAGUGAGAGAGCAGCAAGCCUUGUAACACUCCAUGGAUAGUCCAACAAUGACCAACCCUGGCUCGGUUUCUAGUUCCAACGAUGACACUCCACGCGUUAAGUUCUUGUGUAGUUUCUCAGGAAGUAUAUUGCCCAGGCCACAGGAUGGGAAGCUUCGGUAUGUGGGUGGUGAGACAAGGAUAGUGUGUGUUCCGCGUGAUAUUUCUUAUGAGGAACUCAUGGCUAAAAUGAGGGAGAUCUAUGAGGGGGCAAUGCUACUGAAGUAUCAGCAGCCUGAUGAGGAUCUUGAUGCUCUUGUCUCAGUAGUGAAUGACGAUGAUGUGGUCAAUAUGAUGGAGGAAUACGAUAAGAUGGAUUCUGGUGAUGGAUUUACUAGGCUCAGGAUCUUUCUGUUUUCACACCCUGAUCAAGAUGGAUCCUUGCAUUUCUGUGAUGGGGAUGAGAGGGAUAAUGAGAGAAGGUAUGUGGAUGCUUUGAAUAGCCUUAAUGAAUCCCCAGAUUACAGAACGGGACAACAUAAUGAGUUUCAGGUUACAGGUCCAUUAGAUGAUCUCCAUGGUGCAGAGCAGUGCUUUAGUCAGAUGACUCUUGAUGGUAGUCUCCAUAAUUUGAGGAGUAACGAUGUGCCUAUACCUCAGGUCAACUUGCGUCACCUUACAAUACCACAUUUGGGUACAGCUCAGCCCCAACAAUCCGUUAAUCAGAAGUAUAAUGAAAUGGAGGCCCCGUGGAGUCCAGCAUACUAUUCUCCUAGACAGCCGGGACACCUUGAUCCACGGCCAUUAUCAGAGUUUCCUAAUUCUCCUUCUUCAUCGCGGUACUAUUCUCCAUACCCUGAAUUCCAAGAGAGAAAUUUUGAUAGAUUGCCUGAAGAGUACAGUCGUCUUCAGAUUAAUCAUCCGUCCCUAUAUGAUCAUCAGCCUCAAUAUACAGAUAACGUACUAUUAUUUCCGAAUGGACCUGUAGUAGACAAGGCUGGCUUUCCAGGUAACAUCCUUCACGGUGCUAAUGCAUUUGAGGGGAACAGUAUAUGUGAGCAUUGCCGAAUGACGUUUCAGCGCAAUCAGCCUCAUCCUGAUUCCUCUUGGAAGCCUGGAGAGCAUUCCCUUUUCGAUACCGGAAAUGGGUUCCACCAGGUUGCAAACCCUCAUGCUGAAUGCCCACCAAAAAGAGAAAUGUUCUCAGUGACUACAGAUGCCAGUUUGCACCACUCAUACUACCCUGUGGAACAAAAUGAUCUUCGCAGCCGCCAGAGCGACACUGUUAGUCAUGAAAGAGGAUGGAGCGUGCAGCAUCAACCAAAUGCUCGAGUUGAGGAACCACAAAUCCAUGCGUCUGGAGCUGGUAGCAAUUUGGUUGAUGGCCAUCAGGUCCUGGGACAAGGUCUUAAUUAUGAAGACCUUCGUCACAUUCGAACUGGACGGGAUCCUGGUAGUCAGGUAUAUCAUGAUCAGGUGGUAGGAACGGGAUCUCAGAUUCAUCUUCCCUCUAUGGAAGAUCGUGCAGUUCGCUAUGGAAAUUCACCUUAUGCUUAUGGACCAGAUACAGCAUACCAGGUUCCUCAAGCAAAUAUGCCUGCACAUUCUUUGUGGAGGAAUGUCCAAAGCCCAAGUCAUGGAGGUCCUUCUUACGAGGUUGCUAAUUCACCACAGCUGGUCAAUGGUUCUGCUAGUCCUGGAUUUGUCAGGGGUAUAAUGGAAAAUAGUCCUAGGUUGCAAUCUGGGAUGGAGAACCAAAAUGCUUGGCUUCAUUCUUCACAGAAAAAGAUGGGAUUUGAUGGUUUUUCCAUGCCUGAAUAUUCUCUUGCGCCAUCCCAAAACUUGAUCUCAAAUGCUCACAACCAGGGAAAUCAGCCCAUGCAAACUGUGGAAGCUAUUCAGGCCCCAGGUGGCAUGCAGACUAUUGCAACUCUGCAGGAUCCAGUGUUAAAAUCUGAUUCAGGGCCUUUCUUUGGUGAUAGACCAGCUUCGUUGAGUAGGUCUGGAAUAAGGUUAACUGCUGAUAUAUAUGCCAGUGAGAAGGAGAGUAUUAUUCGCCAGGAAGGGGAUCAACUAUAUCCUUCAGGAUUGCUGGAAGUCUCUAAUAUAUGCAGCAGCAGUCCGACCAAAGCAUUAAUGGACAAAAUUCCACUUAACCCUGUAACUCCUGUGUCCACUUGCCUGGAAAAUGCUGUAAAAGAAGGUGUUUCUGCAGAUACAGAGACUAUUGAUGCUUGCGUAACUUAUAAGAAUGAGAAGCCGCAAAAGGAUCAGCUGACUUCCUUAUCUGAUGAGAUCCCGUCUGCGGAAAAGGUAGCAUCACAAAGUGUCAAGGAUGCAAAAGUUGAAGUCCAAGAAAAUGCUGAUUCCGCUCAUGAGCAUGACACUGCUAAUGUGGCGCAUGAGAAUGAUGCUGAGUUAGCUGAUGACCAAGGGGGCUUGGAAUUUGAUUCAGACAAUGAUAAUGUUAAUAAUUCCAAGAUUGAGUCAACAAAGGCUGAGGAAGAAGCUAUUGAGAAGGGAUUGCAGACAAUCAAGAAUGAAGAUCUCGAGGAGAUCCGGGAGUUAGGUUCUGGGACCUAUGGAUCAGUUUUUCAUGGAAAGUGGAAGGGGUCAGAUGUCGCUAUAAAGAGAAUCAAAGCCAGUUGCUUUGCUGGAAGGCCAUCUGAUAGGGAACGUCUGAUUGCAGAUUUCUGGAGGGAAGCUCUGACAUUGAGUUCACUGCACCAUCCAAAUGUUGUUUCCUUUUACGGUGUAGUUCGUGAUGGACCAGAUGGAUCUUUAGCAACUGUUACAGAAUUCAUGGUCAAUGGAUCAUUGAAACAGUUUUUACAGAAAAAGGACAGGACUAUUGAUCGUCGUAAAAGGCUUAUUAUUGCCAUGGAUGCUGCUUUUGGUAUGGAGUAUCUGCAUGGGAAAAACAUUGUUCACUUUGAUCUAAAAUGUGAAAAUCUGUUGGUAAAUAUGCGGGAUCCACAUCGACCCGUCUGCAAGAUUGGUGAUCUUGGCCUAUCAAAGGUUAAACAACACACCUUGGUCUCAGGAGGUGUUCGUGGCACUUUACCCUGGAUGGCACCAGAGCUCCUAAGUGGAAAAAUUAAGGUGACAGAGAAGAUUGAUGUUUAUUCUUUUGGAAUUGUAAUGUGGGAGUUGCUCACUGGUGAUGAACCAUAUGCAGAUAUGCAUUGUGCUUCAAUAAUAGGAGGAAUUGUUAACAAUACACUGCGUCCCCAAAUUCCGACAUGGUGUGAUCCCGAGUGGAAAGCGCUAAUGGAGAGUUGUUGGGGCCCUGAUCCUGCAGAGAGGCCAUCAUUCUCAGAAAUCUCUCAGAAAUUGAGAACUAUGGCAGCAGCAAUGAAUGUCAAAUGAUACUGUUUCUGGACUUACCAUACUCGCUCCUUCCAAGAUAGUCAUUUCAAAAUAAAUGGUAUCCUGUGUUUUCGCUUCAAAGUUGUUACGUCUCCCAAAAGGCUAUAAUAAACAUUUCUUAUAUAUAUUUUCUCGUCCGUUUGACUUCAUAUGCCUAUUUAUAUUAUGAAGUCAUUGUAACUCGGACGUUCUAGCGCCCUAUUUACUAUGAUCUCGAAGCAGAUUAGUACGUUUACCCAUCUUCUUCGUCCAGGAAGUUAUUUUCUGGAAAAGACCAUCGGGGUUGGCUGGCGUUUCAACUUUGUGAAGGUCGGCAUAUGUUAACGUUCUAUUGCAGUUCUUUCAGAUAUUGAUUUUUCUUGUUUCAGAUAUCUGUUGGAGCUGGUAAAGGCAGUGUACAUAGACUAAUGGCAAUUUAUACAUCUGAAGUUAUAUGAAUUUUCAAUUUCUGUAUCA